CAAUUCUUCGUUUUCGAGUUCAUCGUCCGUUGUGUUUGGAAUUUACACAGUCAAUUCAAGUAACUCUUCUUAUCCAUUCGUAAUUCCACUUGAUUCAGCGACAUAUAGUGGUUAUUUUUCUAGUGAUGGCAUAAGUAUAGAAGGCUCAAAACCACAAGUGAAUAAUAUAUAUUUAGAGCGCAUUCAAUAUCAAUAUUUCGACACUUCUUCAGAACAAGCUAGGUUUACUAAAGUUGCCAGUAAAUCUUCCCAACAUAGAGUUAAAUAUUUUGGGCUGUUAACUAGGAUAUUAUUGUUUAGACAAUAUAGCAAUGCUGAUUUUCCGAAUCAAACUACACCAUAUUCUAUUUUACAAAUUACUAAUAUGUCAACAUUUUUGACUACUUAUACGCAAGUAAACAAAGUGAGCUCGACCACCGUUGCUGGCUUCCUAUCUGGACUUGGUGGUUCAACUGCUUUCCUUUUGGUUAUAUAUAAAUUCUUUUUCGGCGGUUACAAAUCACCAGGCUUAUUAAAACCAUUCUUACCUAAAGAAUGGACUACAAUGUCUAAGACUACGGAUGAAGAAGCUACGAUUACAAGACUACGACAAAUAUCUAAAUUUUAA